AUGAAACGGCUGAUAUGUGUUCGCGAUGUCGGCAAGAGUCGCGACGUCGCUCUACCGGACGGCUGCGAGGUUGUCACUGAUGCCCAGUGCAUAUUCGAUGACGCCUCCAUAGAUAUCGUCAUCGAGGUUAUGGGAGGAACAGAUACUGCUUGGACGUACACCAAGCACGCCAUGGAAGCUGGCAAGCACAUCGUGACGGCUAAUAAGGCGCUGAUAUCGAAAUACAUGGACGCGAUAGAGAAGCUGGCAUUGGGAAACAACGUACAGUUCUUAUAUGAGGCUGCGGUGUGUGGUGGUAUACCGAUAGUUAACACCGCACUACGUGGGCUCAGGGCUGACACAUUCAAUCACAUCUCUGGGAUCAUGAAUGGAAGCACUAACUACAUCCUCUCGCGCAUGGAGCAUGAGGGAGUCUCCUACGAUGAGGUUAUCAACGACGCUCGCAGGCUGGGGUAUCUCGAAGCGGAUCCUAGUGCUGAUCUGGAAGGUUAUGAUGCCAGGAGUAAGAUAUGCAUCCUGGCUCGUAUCGCUUUUGGCGUCACAGUCAGCGAUGAGAGCCUACUAUACACUGCUGGCAUUACCCAUAUCACAUCUCGUGACUUCGAGUACGCCAAGAGUCGUGGCUACACUAUAAAGCUGAUAGCGAGAGCUCAGCUCCUACCGGGUACGGAUGAUUGCCCAACUCUCGAGUGCUGGGUAUCUCCAGCACUAGUCCCUCUCACUAACUCUAUGGCUAAGGUUGGUGGCCCGACUAACUGCGUUGAAGUCUCCACCACCCGUGUGGGGCUCCAAUGGUAUAUUGGCGCAGGGGCUGGAAGGUAUCCUACUGCUAACUCGGUGGUCAGCGAUGUCCUUGAGGCAGUGGACAACUGCAAUGCCGGCAUUGGGUUCGCCUCCCCAUACGGACGUCGCCAGCUCAACUGUGAGGUUGCCAGCGAUGUCCACGCCAUUGCUUAUGCUCGAGUGGGAAACAAGAAGGCACUAUUGGAGGUGUUGGAAGAGAAGGGCGUUGAAAUUGAAGCCACGCCAGACGAUGUUAUCAUGACUAAGAGUCCCGUGAGUCUAACACAGCUACAGCAAGCCUCGCCGAUGGUGCUCAUGCCUGUACUUGCCUGA